GGUGAUAGUGGGUGGUAGUGGGUGGUGUUGGUGGUUGAUAGUGGGUGGUAGUGGGUGGUGUUGGUGAUAGUGGGUGGUGUUGUUAGACCGUGUGGCGAUGGCGAAAGUGUCGAAUGAGCGUCUGUGUAACCUCGCGUACGAGGGAGACCUGGUGGAGCUCAAGGCGGAGCUGCUGAUGGCUGACAGGAGCCUCGCAGCCACGGCAGACCAGGCCCAGCGCACUCCCCUGCACUGGGCAGCGUCUGCGGGCCACUGGGACGUGGCUGUCUUCCUGCUGUCACUCGGGGUGCCCGUGGACGCACGUGAUGACAUGGAGUGGACCCCCCUGCACAUCGCUGCAUCAGCCGGCAGGGAGGCCAUCGUUGGUGAGCUGCUGGGCCACCGUGCCCAGGUGAACGCUCGCAACCGCACGGGGCAGACGGCGCUGCACUACGCAGCCUCACGCAACCACCCCGAGAUCCUGGAGCUGCUGCUGGUGGCGGGAGCCGACCCGGACGUGGGUGACAGCCUCCGCUCCACGCCGGUGCACCGCGCGGCCGCGCAGGGACACGGGGCCUGUCUGCAGCUCCUGCUACAGCACGGGGCCUCCAGUAACCUGCAGGACGGGCAGGGCAACACGCCGCUCCACCUGGCGUGCGAGGAGGAGCGGAGCGACGGUGCUCAGUUGCUGCUCAAGCACGGCGCCAGCGUGGACAUUGCCAACGCUGACGGACAGACCCCGCUGGAGGUUGCCCCGAGGGGCCUCGCCGCGCUGCUACGCAGGGCACUGGCCCCCGUGCAGACCUAAACCCCCGGCGGCAAGCGGGUAGACAAUUCCACGUUGCCGUGGCGAGCGCCCGCCCCCGGGCGAAGCUUUUAUUUUAUUUAUAAGACGGAAGGGAACCGCGCGGCCCCGUGACCCUCCGCCGAGGCUGAUUCCUAGGGUCUUGUUCACUCGCGACGCGGCCAUCCACUAAUGAUCGCCGCCACCAUCAUCACCAUCAUCACCAUCAUCACCAUCAUCGUCAUCACUACCACCACCAUAAUCAUCACCACAACCAUAAUCAUCACCACAACCAUAAUCAUCAUCAUCAUCAUCACACACCA